UUUAUGUGUGGGUUUGAAUGAUUAAAUCGUAGGUUAUAGCCGUUUUAUCGCUAUGACGAAGAUGACCUACAAAUAACAAGAUGGUGACACAGUCAACUUUACUAAUUAUAGUCCUAAUCUGUUUGACGUCACUUGUGACGUCAGUGAUUGGGUUGGAAGAUGCCUGCUCAUCGGGUUUGUGUAAUUGUAGUAAACGUAUUGCACACUGUGACCACCUGAAUAUCAGCUAUAUACCAGUUCUACCUACCAGGAUACAGCAACUUAAAUUCCAAUAUAAUUAUCUCCCCUUUGUCAACGCUAGUACAUUUUCAAACGUAAGUGGUCUAACAUCCCUACAUUUAACGUAUAACAAGAUUAGCACAAUCGAAAACGACGCACUGCAAUCCCUCACAGAUAUUGUUAAGCUGAAUUUAAGGGGAAAUUUGUUAACAGUGAGGUCCCUUUAUAACGUUAUCCACAUAGCGAAUACUUCCAGAAUCAAAAGUUUAUCCUUGAGUGAUAAUGGAUUCCGGGCAAUCCCGAGUGAUAUUUUUGAAAACUUUAAAUCGUAUCGACUAAGAUAUCUGGACCUGUCUUCCAACAAUAUCGAAGUACUGAAUUAUUCAGUAUUCAAGCCUAUUAAACAUUUACGGACUCUGGUACUAACUAAAAACAAAAUAUUGACAUUUAUUCUGGAUUAUAACUGGAACCUGCAACAACUUUUUCUUAACGAUAACGUUAUGAGACAGUUACCCCAGUUUUGUGACACAUCGGAUAAUUCAUACUUCCCUAAUUUACGUUUUUUGACAAUGAUGAACAAUAGUAUAGACAAUAUCGACGAGAACCAUAUAAAAUGUCUCAAAAAGCUGAACAAAUUGAGCCUGGACUUCAAUAGCCUGAACGUUCUGCAAAGGGGGACGUUUCACUCAUUGCAAUCCUUGAAUUGGUUGUCAAUAGCCAGUCAACGUAGUUCUAAAUCUGCGUUUAAAAUACAAGGUGGCGCUUUCAAUAACAGCAAUAUCUUCACUCUUUAUCUGCAUCAGAAUUUACUUCAAGCCAAACAUUUAGAUCCAGAUGCUUUCACUGGAUGCGACCGCUUACAGAUUUUGCAAAUAUCCGAAAACUUUUUCGAAACUGAUAUCGACAUAUUGAACCGCGCCCUUUCGCCACUGACGUCACUUACACACUUAAUAGUAUUUAAAUGUAGGUUACAGGAAGUACCCGGCAUUAUAAGUGAAAAGCUCCAUCACUUGAAACAUUUAGAUAUACGUUGGAACAAUAUUAAACAAUGGCCCGAAAGUCUGAAAAACACCAAUUUGACUGCAAUAUACGCUUACCACAAUUGGCUUCAGUCUUUUAACACGCAUAUGUUUCCUGGUUAUUUUCGAAGACAACUUGAAACGUUGGCACUAGCUGAAAACCCGUUUCUUUGUGACUGUGAUUUUGUGUGGUUUGUUCAAUGGAUGCGUAGUGAUAAACACAAAUUUCUGAAUUAUCCCAACGGAUACAGGUGCCUGAAUAUUACCAACAGAAUUUGCCUGAAGAAUACCGAAUUGUAUAUUUCUACGGUGUCCGUGGGAUGUUUAAUAGUAUCUAUGGUAAUUCUGGUAUCAUUAAUCUAUAAAUACAGAUGGUUCAUCAAAUACCACAUCUACAUGUGGAGAUAUAGACCUCGGCUGUUACUGAAUUUAGCUGAAAGACGGUUUGACUACGAUGCAUUUGUCUCUUACUGUGUUGAAGAUAGUGACUGGGUUUUGGACAGACUACGUCCUGUCUUGGAAGAUGGGGAGGAUCUGAAGCUUUGCAUCCACGAGAGAGAUUUCUGUGCGGGGAAAAUGAUCAUUGAUAACAUCGUACAGCAUAUGGAAAACAGCCGUAAAGUUAUAAUCAUAUUAUCCAAUGCUUACGCCGGCAGUGAGUGGUGCCAGUUUGAGUUAAGUCUAGCACAGAAACUAGUUUUGGACAUGACCAUCGAGUCCGUAGUAGUGAUACUACUGGAGGAAAUAGAAGCGCUUAAUAUGAGCAAAGCGCUACACGCGUUAUUAAAGACUACCACCUACAUUACGUGGUGCGAAGAAGAUGAGAAUGAACCUAUGUUCUGGGAAAGGCUUAAAGGGUCAAUGGUGACGGCGGUAGAAUGACACAAUACUUUGAACUCGUGAUUGUUCUCUGGGAUCUCCCACUGCUAAAAUCCCAAAACAACAAAAGUUACAGAAAAGUUUGUAAGGCCGGAUGCGCUUUGGUUUAAAUAAACAUAAAUUAACGUUUCAUGUUUAACAUAAAUAUAAUCCUUGAGUGGCAUUUGGGCACAUUGAAAAAACACAACACAAUUUAUAUGGAAUACACAUAUAGCACAACGUUUCGACAAGUAUUCUCUUAUAUAUAGUUUGUAUUUAAAAUUGAUAAGAGAAUACUUAUCGAAACGUCGCUGCUAUAUGUGUAUGUUUAUAUAAAUUGUGUUGUGUUUUUAACAUAAAUCUCGUGGUUUUUUCCCGGGCUUCUCCCAAUGCUAAACUCCCAUAAGCGGAAGCGAAUUAUUGAAAUAAAAUUGAACCGUAUGUUAGUCCCGAAAUGACCUAGUUUGUGUCGAGUGGUCGUUAAACACCCCACCCCCUCUCGCUCUCUUAACAGAUACUCACGACUGAGUAAUGAAAUUAAACAGCAAACACAAGGGAUCAAGUAAUUUCAAAAUAUAUUUUCUACGUCACUCUACUGUGUAUAAUUGUAUUUUCUAUUAUAUAUUGUUUUGUACGUUUAAUGUUAUGUAAAUGACAAAUUACAAUAAACAUAUACAAAA